CUUAUCACAGAGGCACCUCUGUGUUUGCAGCUCUCCCUGAAGCCAUGGCUAAGAAGGUGGCAGUGAUCCUUGCUGGUUGUGGGGUUUAUGACGGCAGUGAGAUUCAUGAAUCGUCGGCUGUCUAUGUUCAUCUGAGCAGAGCCGGAGCUCAGACUGAAUUUUUCGCCCCAAACACAGACCAGAUGCACGUAGUGAGUCACACCAAAGGGCAGCCCACAAAAGAGACACGCAAUGUGCUUGAGGAGAGUGCACGGAUCGCAAGAGGAAAUAUUAAAGACCUUAAAGAUCUUGAUGUCAGUGAAUAUGACGCAGUCAUUAUACCAGGAGGUUUUGGUGUUGCCAAAAACCUGUCUACCUGGGCUGUAAAAGGAAAGGACUGCUCGGUGGCAAAAGAGGUUGAAGCAGUUAUUAAAGGAUUCCAUGGAGCCAAGAAACCAAUCGGUUUGUGCUGUAUCUCCCCUGUACUGGCAGCAAAACUCUUUCCUGGAUGUGAACUGACGGUUGGCUGUGAUACAGAGUGUGAAAAGUACGUCCAUCUUCAGUUACCCCAAAUCUGUUCAAAGUAGUUGGUCUGUCUCUGAAUGUCUAAUGAAGGCAUUAUUUUGCUACCUAAAGAAGUACUUUUUCAUAAAUUCUACAUAAUAGGGUUAAUAACAGAAUGAGCAAAGCUGUCCUCCAUCUUGUAACAAAUCACCACUUAGUUUAUAAUCGACUAAUGCAAUUACAAUAAUGAAAUAAUGAAAACAAGCAUUUUAUUAGUUACUGGACUGGAGCAAAUUCUAACCAUGCUCCUGUAUAACUUCCAUUAAGGUAAUAAUUCUAAAACAGAGACAGAAUAAGACAAAUCUAAGAAAGCUGAAUUACAUUCAUGUAUAAAAAAACCCAAAAAACUCUUAAACUAAAUUGGCUGAAAGUUGAAUAGACAUUCAGGGACUUGUGUAUCUGCAAUAGAGAGGGGGAAAACUUCAUUUCUGAUCCAUCAGUACAGAGUUAAAUUAUUAGUGACUGAAUAAAUGGAUACAUACCAAAGAGUAGGGACUAUUGGAGCCAGCCUUUUGCCCCUUCUCCAACCUACUAUAAUUAUACCUGGGGUAUUCCCUAAUUUCCAGAUCUCAAAUGGCAAAAAUAUUAACACAAAUAUGUCCUGUGCUGUUGGUUUGUUAGGGAACACCCACAUCAGUAAAGAUGAAUCUCCUUAUUAAUAGUCCUCUUAAAUUUCUCUGAAGACCCAGUGUAACUUUCAUUUGUUUGUUCUGUAGGUGGCCAUAUGCAGGCACAGCAGCUGCCAUUAAGGAGCUCGGCUGCAAACACGUCAACAAGCAAGUCAGUGAAGUUCAUGUGGAUGCAAAGAACAAGUUGGUCACCACCAGCGCCUUUAUGUGUAACAGCCCAGUUCAUGAGAUUUAUGAUGGAAUUGGGGAAAUGGUGAAAUCCGUUCUGCAGCUGACAAAUUAAUUAGUAUUCAUUAGGGUUAUUUCAAAUGUGUAACUAACUGUAUUUAUAUAUUGUACAAUAAAAUUGCAUUAUUUCACCAGAA